AAGCAGCCGAGCGAGCGUCCGGACGGGCGGCAGGUGUCGGGGCGCCGAGCUGGGGCUCCGCAGCCGGCAUCAUGUACCGCUCCACCAAGGGCGCCUCCAAGGCGCGCCGCGACCAGAUCAACGCCGAGAUCCGAAGCCUCAAGGAGCUGCUGCCGCUGGCCGAAGCGGACAAGGUGCGGCUGUCCUACCUGCACAUCAUGAGCCUCGCCUGUAUCUACACCCGCAAGGGCGUCUUCUUCGCCGGAGGCACUGCUCUGGAGGGCCCCACAGGGCUCCUCUCAGCCCAAGAACUUGAAGACAUCGUGGCAGCGCUGCCUGGGUUUCUGCUUGUGUUCACAGCCGAGGGGAAGUUGUUGUACCUGUCUGAGAGUGUGAGCGAGCACCUUGGCCAUUCCAUGGUGGACUUGGUUGCCCAAGGAGAUAGUAUCUACGACAUCAUUGACCCUGCUGAUCACCUCACCGUGCGCCAGCAGCUCGCCAUGCCCUCUGCCCUCGACACUGAUCGCCUAUUUCGCUGCCGCUUCAACACCUCCAAGUCCCUUAGGCGCCAGAGUGCAGGCAACAAACUGGUGCUUAUUCGAGGCCGAUUCCACGCUCACCCACCUGGAGCCUACUGGGCAGGAAACCCUGUGUUCACAGCUUUCUGUGCCCCACUGGAACCAAGACCUCGCCCUGGCCCUGGACCCGGACCUGGCCCUGCCUCUCUCUUCCUGGCCAUGUUCCAGAGCCGUCAUGCCAAAGAUCUGGCCAUACUGGACAUUUCUGAGAGCGUCCUCAUCUACCUGGGCUUUGAACACACAGAACUGCUGUGUAAAUCGUGGUAUGGACUGCUGCACCCUGAAGACCUGACCCAUGCUUCUGCUCAACACUACCGCCUGUUGACUGAGAGUAGAGAUAUCCAGGCGGAGAUGGUGGUGAGGCUGCAGGCUAAAUCUGGAGGCUGGGCGUGGAUUUACUGCCUGUUGUACUCCGAAGGUCCUGAGGGCCCCAUUACUGCCAAUAACUACCCAAUCAGUGACCCAGAAGCCUGGAGCCUCCGCCAGCAGCUGAGCUCUGAGGAUACCCUGGCAUCCUACGUCCUGAGUGCCCCGGCCAUGCCACCCUCGUUCCCUGAGAAUAUCCUCUCACAGGAGCAAUGCUCCAACCCAAACCCACUCUUUGCUCCAGCCUUGGGGGCUCCCAGAAGCACCAACUUCCCCAGUGCUGCUGAACUGGGCGUCAUCUCCAGCUCAGAAGAGCUUCCUCAGCCCCCCAAAGAGGUGGACUUCCGAUACCUGACCUUCCCAUCUGGGCCUGCGCCUUCUCUCCAGGCAGACCUGAGCAAGGAUCUUGUGUGCACGCCACCCUAUACCCCCCACCAGCCAGGAGGCUGCGCCUUCCUGUUCAGUCUUCACGAGCCUUUCCAGACUCACCUGCCCACCCCAUCCAGCUCUCUCCAAGAGCAGCUGACUCCAAGCACCGUGACCUUCUCCGAACAGUUGACACCCAGCAGUGCCACCUUCCCGGAUCCACUCACCAGCCCACUGCAAGGCCAGUUGACCGAAGCCCCAGCCAGAAGCUAUGAGGAACAGCUGACUCCUUGCACCUCCACCUUCCCCGACCCGCUGUUGCCCAGCACUGCCACUUUCCCAGAGCCCCUGGGCAGCCCUGGCCAUGAACAGCUGACUCCCCCCAGCACAGCAUUUCAAGCACAGCUGAGCAGCCCCAGCCAAACAUUCCCAGAGCAGCUGAGCCCCAGUGCUACCAAGACCUACUUUACCCAGGAGGGAUGCAGUUUUCUCUAUGAGAAGUUGCCACCAAGUCCUAGCAGCCCUGGUAAUGGGGACUGCACACUCCUGGCCCUCGCCCAGCUCCGGGGGCCCCUCUCCGUGGAUGUGCCCCUGGUGCCCGAAGGCCUGCUCACCCCCGAGGCCUCUCCGGUCAAGCAGAGUUUCUUCCACUAUUCCGAGAAGGAGCAGAAUGGGAUUGACCGUCUCAUCCAGCAGAUUAGCCAGUUGGCACAGGGCAUGGACAGGCCCUUCUCAGCUGAGGCUGGCACCGGUGGACUGGAGCCCCUGGGAGGCCUGGAGCCCCUGGACUCCAAUCUGUCCCUGCCGGGGGCUGGUCCCCCAGUGCUCAGCCUAGACCUGAAACCCUGGAAGUGCCAGGAGCUGGACUUCCUGGUUGACCCUGAGAACAUGUUCUUGGAUGAGACGCCCGUGGAAGACAUCUUCAUGGAUCUCUCCACCCCAGACCCCAAUGGGGAAUGGGGCUCAGGGGAUCCUGAGGCAGAGGGCCCAGGAGGGGUCCCGUCGCCUCACAACAACCUGUCCCCAGAAGACCACAGCUUCCUGGAGGACCUGGCCACAUACGAAACCGCCUUUGAGACAGGUGUCUCAGCAUUCCCCUACGAUGGGUUUACUGAUGAGUUGCAUCAACUCCAGAGCCAAGUUCAAGACAGCUUCCAUGAAGAUGGAAGUGGAGGGGAACCAACGUUUUGAAUAAGUCUGUGACUUAACGUCGUCAAGUAUGGCAUAUUGUCAUCAAGACGUGGAGCCGCUCUCCAC